UUCGCGAUUAACUGGGGGUUUUUUCGAAUAUUUAAUUUUCAGUGAAAUUUCGAACUUUUCUCGGCCCAACUUUUUUAAAUUAAUUAUAAAAUUAAAAUAUAGACCAAAAUUAAAUCUUUUAAAUGGAACAAUCGCCAACAAAAACGCGUUGUUCAUUCAUUCCGUUCACCACUUUUAUUGAUCCACUGUUUUGGAAUGAAGUGAAUAGACUUAAAAUUAAUGAAUGGAAAUUGGAUGAAUCGCCUAAAACUGUUCAUUGCAAUUUAACAUUUCAUGGAUCUCAACCUUCAGACAGUUUAUUAUGUUUUGAUCACGAAUCUUUAAAAAAUAUUUCUGAAGAUAAUGUUAAAAUUAAUUCUGGAAUUUAUAAUGUUGAGGGAACUUUUCUUCUUUUAAACACGAAAAAAGCUUUUUUGGAGCUGGACAGAACUAUUUUGUUGAAGAAUAUUGCUGAAACUGAUGUCAAAAAUUUUGCAUAUUAUUUUUGGAAUUGUAUUCCUGCCUUACUCUUUCCUGAAAAUAUUCAUCAAACAUCCCAAUUUGAAUCACCAAAUAUUGAAUUACAUUCAUUAGCUUUUGAAUUUCUCGUUUCUAAUAACGGGAAACCUUUUAUUUUAACCAACAAUCAAAAGGCAUUAAAAUUGGAAGAAUUGAUUGAACAAACAUCCCCCGAUGAUUUUUUACUUGUUUUUCCAAAUCCUUCAGAAGUUCAAGAAAAAUUUGGAUGGCCAUUGAGGAAUUUACUUGCAGCUAUAGCUUAUUUAAAACCAACAUGGUCCAAAUUACGAGUAUUUUCACUAACCAGACUUUAUCAAAACAGUUUUAUUUCAACGCUUUUUUGGGACAUUAUCAAAAAUGAAAUUGAAACUAUACCAAAAUGUGUUGGUUGGGAAAGGACAUCUAAUGACAAACUUACUUAUCGGAGUGUUGAUUUAAAAUUUAUGUUAGAUCCAAUUAAUAUAAUGGAACAAAGUGUUGAUCUCAACCUUAAAUUAAUUCGUUGGCGUCAAGCACCUUCAAUUUCUCUAGAUAAAUUUACUUCUCUUCGUAUUUUACUUGUUGGAGCUGGAACUCUUGGUUGUAAUAUUGCUCGUGCUCUUUUAGGUUGGGGAGUGAGGAAUUUCACUUUUAUUGAUUAUGCAACCGUUAGUUAUAACAAUCCAGUUCGCCAAUCUCUUUUUUGCUUUGAAGAUUGUCUUGUAGCUGGCCUUUCAAAGGCUGAAGCUGCUGCAAAUGCUUUGCGACGUAUUUAUCCAAAAGUUGAGGCAAAGGGGAUUCAUAUGAAAGUACCAAUGCCUGGAUAUCCUUUCUCCGAGGAAGAGGAAGACGAUGUUAGACAAAGUUGUGAUCAAUUAGAAGACUGUAUUAAAAAUUGUGAUGUUCUAUUUUUGGUUAUGGAUAGCCGUGAAUCUCGUUGGUUACCAACACUUCUUGCUUCCGUUCAUAAUAAACUAGCAAUCACUGUAGCUUUAGGAUUUGAUGAUUUUGUAAUAUUAAGACAUGGAACUAAUCCAGAAAGUGAACAACAAAAAUGUAAAUUAGAACCAGAAAUGAGUGAAAUGGCACAAGAUUUACAUGCAGAAUUGCCUGGCUCUUUACUUGGGUGUUAUUUUUGUAAUGAUGUGACUGCACCUGGAAAUUCUACAAGUGAACGGGCACUUGAUCAACAUUGCACAAUUUCUCGGGCAGGAAUUUCAAUGAUUGCUUCCGGCUUUGCUGUUGAAUUAUUAGCCUCUGUUCUUCAACACAAAUUAGAAGCAGAUGCCCCAGCCCGAAUGAGUGAAAUGGAUGCAAGUGCAUCUUUGCUUGGAGCAACACCUCACGAAGUUAGGGGAUUUGUUUCUACAUUUCAACAAAUUAUGCCUACAAUAAGACGUUUUGAUCGUUGUACUGCUUGUGGAAAUUCAGUUCGUAAACUUUAUUCUCAAGAAGGCUUUAAAUUUCUUUCAAAAAUAUUUAAUGAUCCAACAGAAUUAGAAAGGGUUAGUGGACUUACAGAAUUACAACAACAAGCAAAUGCUUUCCAAACUCAAAUGAUUGAAUUGGAUGAUAAUGAGAGUAUUUCGAGUAUUUAA